AUCCCGCGCAGCGCGCGAUGGCCUCCCAACGCUGGAUCCCGCCCUUCUUGCUACCGAGAGGGAUCUCAAAACGAACUCUCCUCUGCUUCGCAUCCCAUAAUGUCGGCCAACAGCAAGCCUCGCUACAAGCAACUCCCCUCCGCCUGAAAUCUACAAGCUCCUCAUCAAAGCCCACCAAGACCUCCUCCGCCCGUGUCCUCGAGAAGCCAGACCGUUUCCGGCCCCCGUCCCACCCAGCACGGCGCGUGAUGAACCCACGCAGUUCACAACCCCGCAACUACCCAGGGCCCCGUCUCUCUGAAGCGGAGCUGGCAGAGAAGAAGACGAAGCGGUAUCCGAACAUGUUCCCCCCGGAGGGGACGGUGAUGCAUAAGUUUCUGACGAACAGGGGUAUUCACGUUUGGAUCUCUAUGUCCGUCCUCAUCUCCCUCGCAACAUUCACCUUCACUACAAACUUCAAACAUACUUCUCCCUUCGCGCACCUGCUGCCGUCCUGGUCGCAGCUCCUCACCCACCCCAUCGACACCGUCUCGCAGGCCAUGGCGGUGCUGAAAAUGCAUGCGGACCACCAGACACUGGAGACGGCGGAGAAGCGGAAGAAGAGGACAGACGACGUAGAGAAGCGGAGGGCAUAUAGGAGGGCGCAUGGGUUGGAGAAGGAGGAAGGGGAGGAGGUGGUGGAAGAGGGGGUUAGGGCUGCGGAAGGGGAAGGGGAGAGAGUUGCUGUUGCUGCCGCUGACGGGCAAGUUGUGGUGGAUGGAGCGGGUGGAGAAGGAGAGGCGGUUCAAGGGAGGAGGAGGCCGAUUAAGAAGUGGUUGGGUAUAUGGUAAGAGCGCUGGUUAGCGUCGUCAAUACAGGGGAUGAUUGUUGCAUAAAUUGACUGGGCUUGAUAUAUGUGUGUAGAUAAAUUUCACGUUUUUGUUUUUGGCCCAGUGUGGAGGGGAACUGUAUAAUAUACGUUUAUCAGGUGUCUGCGGCCUUAUCUUGUUUUUAUUAUACCAUUAUAUAUACAUACAUGAUUGUGUCGUGGUAUGGUAGUUGUGAAUAUAAAUCAUUGGGAUAUGGUGUAUGGUGUAUAUAGGUGUGCCUCUGGAUAUUUCUAGCACUCCCAAAGCUCCUUCAAAG